AUGGGUAGUGCCAGCAAGGGUUUCACCAUGCUCCUGGCCACUACCCUCCACCGAAGCGCCUCGAGAGAAGCCGAGUACGCAAUUGCAUACUAUAUAAGCGUUGUCACGGUUAUUCUCGGAGGUAGCGCUCAAUUCUAUAGUUAUGGUAUAGUCAACCCUGCACAACGACUUCUAACAUCUUGGAUUAAUGAAACUUACAUUGAAAGAUAUGGUGGACCUUUAACACUAACCGAAUCAAACUUCCUAUGGUCUUUUGUGGUAUCCAGCAUAGCAAUAGGUGCUAUACUAGGAGCAACUCUUACCGGUACAAUCGCAGAAAAAUUUGGCAGACGAGAUGGUUUGAUUGUGAACGGUGUAUUCAAUGUGUUCGGUGCGAUAUGUGAGCUUUUAUCGAAACAGCUGAGAUCUCCUGAACUUCUUAUUGUGGGAAGGUUCAUAUUCGGAGCAAAUAUGGGACUUACAUCUGGCCUUGUUCCCAUGUAUCUCAUGGAAAUUACUCCCGUGAAACACCGCGGUCAAGCUGGAACUCUUCAUCAGGUAGCUGUAGCGUUCUCGGAUUGGUUUUCUCUGCUGAUAGGCCUCCCAGAGGUAUUAGGAAAUGAAGAGAUGUGGCCUCUCGCCUUUGCUCUUCCUGGCAUUCCAGCACUCGCGCUAUGUUUUAUUCUCCCCUUCUGUCCUGAGUCACCGAAGUACACCCUCAUAACACUUGGCGACAGAGAACGGGCACUCCGCGAUGUCACCAACUUAGUAAACCCGGAUGAUGUGGAACCAAUGUUUGAUCGAUUGGUGAAGGAAGCUGCUUUGGAUCGAUCUAACAAAGGCACGUUGCGAGAACUCCUCACAGAUCCUCAGUUACGAAUCCCGCUCGUGGUCUCUGUACUAGUAAUGAUCGCCCAACAGUUUACUGGAUGUACAGCUGUCUUUGCCUUCUCGACAGAGAUGUUCCUGAAUGCGGAGCUCAGCCCUGAAGUGGCUCGCUUUAGUACUCUUGGCAUUGGGAUUGUUUACUUUUUAUUUGCUUGUUCAGCACCUUUUCUAAUCGAAAAAGUAGGACGACGUCCAUUAUCGCUAUUUCAACUAACCAGCUGUCUCGUCGCUCUUGUUCUUCUCUCCUUUUUGACGUUCCUGCAGAACACGUGGAAUAUUACUUGGGUCAGCUACGGGACAAUAUUUGCUCUUGUAAUGUAUAUGUGUGUUUACGGUGUUGGUUCACCGAUACCUUGGAUAAUUACUAGUGAGCUAUUUUCUCAACAGUUUCGAUCGACAGCGGUGACCAUUUCCGUCUUUGUAGCAUGGAUGCUCGCAUUUUUCAUUUCAACUAUAUACUUACCAUUCCAACAGAUGGUCGGUGUCUCUCUGAGCUACAUGCCUUUCAUUGUUGUACUCUCAAUCAGUAUCAUCAUCCUGUACUACCUCUUACCAGAAACUCGUGACCAUUCAAUCGAGGACAUCAUGUAUGAGGUGCGACAUCGUGCACGUUCUUUAUCUACGGGUCGACCAUGGGAAGCGAAUCGUCCAUCCAGUCGACUUGAGUUACAACGGUUACUCGACUCCAUUGAACAACGUGUUUAUGAUUCGACCGAUGAUCUUUUCGAAUAA